AUUGUCACUAUUGUCAGUAGUUAGUCCAGUUCAGUUUGAAAUGCUUGUUUGAGACAUUGUAUGGGGAACUUGGUUUGACACUUUGAUAGUUCAGUUUCUUUAAGGGUUGUGAUGUAAUAGUGCAGUAAAUUUGGAAUAAACUUCCCUCUGAUUGUUUAAUUUUGUUGUAAUAGUGUACUAUGGCGUCUAAACAAAACGCAGUUGACACCAGGGCGGAAUUGGCUGAUUUGGUGAAAAGGAAGGCUGAAAUCGCGGAAACGCUAGCAAAUUUGGAGAGGCAAAUAUAUGCUUUUGAGGGAAGCUACCUAGAGGAUACUCAACUUUAUGGAAAUAUUAUAAGAGGCUGGGACAGGUAUUUGACUUCAAACAAGAAUACAAACAGCAAAACAGAUAAGAGGAACAGAAAAUUUAAGGAAGCAGAAAGAUUAUUUUCAAAAUCAUCCAUCACAUCAAAUGCUGCUGUCAGUGGAUUGGUUGAACCAUCUGAGAGAGGCGAUGAAAAUAGUGACAGUGAAGGGUACAGUGGCACUGAGGAUAACCAAACAUUCCUAGCUAAGGAUUCAGGAAAGAACAACACAUUGUACUCUCAUCUAAGCAAUGGUCCAUCAGCAGUGACAGCAACUUUUGGCAGCAGCGCCGAACGACUUUCUACUUCUGGCAAAGAGGUGAAGAAUCGAGCCACAGUAGCCAAGAAGACAACAAACAAGAAAGCAAGACAUCGUUAAAUUAAAAUUUUGGCAGAGAACACAGAAAAUCAAAAGUGGAAGAUGGAUGAAUUAAAUCAGUAAAACUGAAUAUAUAUGUGUUAAACUAAAUAAAUGUUUCUAGUCAGAUGUUUAAUUUUCAAUGUGAUAAAUACUUAUUGUAAAAGAUAUAUAAUUGUUAUGUAGACUAAUUUGUUGUUAAAUUUAGUUUAAUAAGACUAUACUAAAUGAUAUUUUUUGUAGUGGAUAUUUAUUUUUAGAAUGAGUCAUUGCAGUUUUGCAUAGUUAAACACUAAGGUAUGAAAGAGAUUGUAAAAAUUCUAAAUUUAAAAAUAUCUAACAAUAUGGAAAAAACACUAAUAUAAAGUUAUAAAACUUUUGAAUAAAUAUACCACAUUAUUUUAACUGUGUUGAUGCCACAGCUUCACUAUAUGAUAUAGUAUUAGGUUUGUGCAUGAAAAGCUGGGAGUUGUUAUGUGAGACAAUUCUUAAUUUUAUAUGGUAGGUUACUGUACUAGGAUAAAAAUUUUGUGUAUGUUCCAAAAGUUAAAUAUGUUACAUGGAUGGCUCUUUCUAAUAUUAUUAUUAUUGUUAACAGUUAAUAAUCAUGAGCAUAACCAGGGGGGGAGCAUACAAAAUGGGGGGAGGAUAAAUAUAAUUUGUUCUGAUUUUAAAUUAGUUUUUAUUAAGACAGAAUAUAAAUUCUAAAUAUUCAUGUCUUGGUAAUUGUUUAUUUACAAACAUCUGUUUACCAGAAAUGUGGGAGUAUUUCAGAUCUCAGUUAUUUUAGUUAAGCUACAUUAUAACUAGUUUGAUUGGAAAAAAUAUAAAUUGUGAAUAACAUUAAAAGGAAAAACAGUCUCA